GAUUAUAAUUAUGAUCGUCAUUAUGUUAGUUGAUAAAUGCAAAUUAGGCUACAUGAGAAUUAGAUUGUCUGUCAGUGUCUUACCCGGUUUUAUCACAAAAUGUUAAUCUCAUUAUUGCUCUGAUAUAUCUAAUAUUUGAUUAUGUAGCUAGGCCUGAUUAAAACGGACUGAGAAUCUAGCACGAACACGCCACAAGCUCCAAACGCGAGAGAGCAAAUACUUCCUGAUGAACUUGUUUCACUUUUUAUUUUGGUUACUCAGUUGAACUUCUUGAGACCAUGAAUAGGUAGCCUAACUGUAAGGAUUGUGCCGUCUAUCCACAUCUGCACCAGUUUCACAGUUUUUUUUUUUAGGUUACUACAGUAUUAUUAUUCAUGUGAAUGGCAGCCCCUGGAGUGACAGACGACUUGAAAGAGGCGGAGAACUUGGCUGUACAGCUGAGUGAGGCCAUUAGUUGUGGUGAGAAAGAUAAAGCCAAGCAAUGUGCCGAGAAACUCGCUGCUUUAUCCCUACCUGUGUCCAUCAAGGUAGACCAGAAGGCUUACCCCCAAGACACGAUCCGUCUGAGAGUGGGGGUGGAGGAUGCCCAGUUGGACUCCUACAUCCCUAUUACAAUGAUGAUAACAGUUGGCAUGACUAUAGAGGAGCUGAAAACAAAGGUGAAAAAUGACUUUGGUUUCCACCCCUGUCUUCAAAUCUGGGUCAUCGGAAAGCGACUGGCGAAGGACACAGACACACUAUACAGUCAUGGGGUGAGCAAGGAUGGAGACCAAGCCUUCCUCUUCAUCAAGGAUGCUAAGGCUGCCAAUCUCAGCCGCGAGCAGCAAAAACAAGAGGAGCAGCACCAACAAAUAGAUGAUAUCAUUGUAACCAUGGCAAUGAGCUCACUGGAACCCAGGGGAACAGGUCCUCCUGUGGCCACCAAAGCCAAGCCACGCCCACCCCUGCUUCCGAAGCCACAGAUUGGCUGGUCGUGUCCAAUGUGCACACUUGUGAACAAGCCCACCCGGCCUGGCUGUGAAAUGUGUGGUUGUGAAAGACCUGCAGGCUACAAAGUGCCAGCCUCGUAUAACCCUGACCAGGAUGAGCUUCUCCGAAUACAGUUAGAACAGGAGGCCAAUCUGCAAUACCAGAAGGUCAUGGAGGAGCAGCGAGCAAGGAACUUUGGCAUUUACGUUGAAACAGAUGCGCGUAAUCUCAUAGACAACAAUGAGGAACUAGAGUGUCCUAUCUGCUUCACCACCAUAGAACCAGGAGAGGGUGCUGUGUUGAGAGAGUGCCUGCAUGGCUUCUGCAAGUAUGGAAAAUCUGAAGCCAUUGUUAUUGUGAAAAAUGCGGGCCUCCCCACGUCUUCAAGAGGCAUUUCUUUGAGACUGCUGUCUUUCUUGCUCCACAGAGACUGUCUGAAAGGAACCAUCAUCAACAACAUGGAUGCUGAGGUGAAGUGCCCUUACGUAUGUGACGACUACUCAUGUGACUACAAACUACAAGACAGAGAGAUACUUUCGCUGCUGUCUCAGGAGGAGUACCAGAAGUUCUUGGAGCUGAGGCUUAGCAUUGCGGAGUCGCGCAGUGAGAACAGCUACCACUGCAAAACUCCUGACUGCGCCGGCUGGUGCAUCUACGAGGAUGACAUCAACGAGUUUCCGUGUCAGCUCUGUGAGGAGACCAACUGCCUCCUCUGCAAGGCCAUUCACAAAGACAUGGACUGCAAGCAGUAUCAAGACGAUCUUCGCAUUCGAGCUGAAAAUGACAUUGCAGCCAAACAGACAGCUGACACUCUUGAGGCCAUGCUACAGAAUGGGGAAGCCAUGCACUGCCCCAAAUGCAAAGUGAUUGUGCAGAAGAAGGAUGGCUGUGACUGGAUAUGUUGUAUCAUGUGCAAAACUGAGAUCUGCUGGGUCACAAAGCAGGCGCGCUGGGGUCCAAACGGCUCCGGGGACACAACAGGAGGCUGCAGGUGCAGAGUGAAUGCUGUGCUCUGCCAUCCCAACUGCAACAACUGCCAUUAAUCCACCCGCGCUCAUCUCCAUGCACACUACUGCAGGGCCGUAGCAAGGGGUUAGGUGGAAGCGGGCCAUUUUACCUUCCCUCAAUUAGCCUACUGUACGUAGCAUCCCCAAAAUCUGUGACUGUGACUUAUUUUUUAAUCAAGGGAAACCACAACCUCCAGUUGUGACUCCUCAGGAAUACAGAAUGAUUCUUUGGUCGAAAUCGGAUCCAACCAAACAGUGAUUCAACGAUGAAGAGUUGAACGAGGUUUCUGAGAACCGAGAGAGCAUAGGGUGCACAAAGUGCUGACACAUAGUGCAUUACAGUAUCAACUACUCUAAGAAGACGGUCCCAAUAAGAACACUACAGGACUUGGUAAAGGGCUGUCGUUGUACAACACCUCGGAGACUUACAACACUUUCAGUGCAUGACACCAAAGAAACGUUUACCUUUAGCAAGAGAAUAUUUCGACACAUUGAAAGACACAUAAGUGCCCUUUCUUUAAACACUUCCACUCCACUUUUAUGGGAUUCAAAUGAGUGUGACUUUUAGCGAUGAGAUUAGGUUUCAUUUAAAGGAAUUAUCCGGAGUAAAAUGCAAGAGUAAUGUUGUUUGGAACUGUAGAAGAGGUAUAAAAAUAGUGUUUUGUAGCGGCGAAAUGACUUGCCC